AUGACCAUCUACAAGUGGUUACUUCAGAGCAGUCCACCCAAGAAUGCUAUCGUCUUUGGCAUCGCGUGUGCCUCGUUCGUCAUUGGUCUCGUGUGGCCCAGUCAUCAUCGCCGCCGACUCCCCACCUCACAUCCGGCACAUCCGCGAGAGCACCGGCCCAUCCGGCAGCCCCUCCGACCCAACGGUCGAGCCUCAAACCGUGGCCUGAGCGGGAUCGACAUCUACCUGAUCGACGAUCACUUCAACGUGGGGCAGAAGAGGCUGUUAUUCCUGGCACGGGCCAUGGUUCGGGCCGGCUCGAUCCUUAUUCUCGCCGAGGGACAGCCAGCGUCGAUUGGGAGACCAUCAGCUGAUACAGAAAAUCAGCCGCGAGGAUUUCGCCGACAGCGCGAGCAUCACCGUUGUGCGUCCGAUUAUCGCGAUCUUGGAUACGGACCGAGUGGCUGUCAUCUUAGAAAGGAGGCGGUCGAGUUGCUGCUCGCGCGCGAUCCUCCCAGUUUAUUUCGGGAUUGUACAAUGCGAUCACUUUACAAUUGGCCUGAUUCAGUUUACAUAGUUCCAUUCUCUACUACUACAGACCGCGUUAUUGCUUCUGCCUCUGGACAAAUUUCUGUCUCUCGCGAGUAA